UCUUCCUGUACAGUCAUAGCACAGAAGAAAUAUGGCAUCUGUAGGAGAGUGAUAUUUGCUGCAUUGUUUUAAAACCAUUUAUACGAUUUUGUUAGCAAGUAGCGGUCUUGAUUUAGCAAAUUAUUUCUGCAUUCAGACCGAGCGAGCGGCUACGAUGAGGAUUUAUCAUUCCUUACUCAAUGCUGCCAAGUUUAGGAAAGUGUUUGACUUUGGUGAGCGAGAGGUGGCGCAUUGGUUCCCUGGACAUAUGGCUAAAGGACUCAAGCAGAUGAGAGCCAGUCUAAGUAAGGUUGACUGCAUUAUAGAGAUCCAUGAUGCUAGAAUCCCCUUUUCUGGAAGAAAUCCCUCAUUUCAAGAGAAUCUUGAUGUCCGGCCACACAUUCUUAUACUGAACAAGAUGGAUUUGGCAGACACAUCAAAAAAGCAGAGUAUUCUGAAGCAGCUUGACAGAGAAGGUGUGAGGAAUGUUUUAUUUACAGACUGUUUAAGACAACGAGAUGAGAAUGUAAAAAAGAUUGUUCCUCUUGUGACAGAGUUGAUAGAAAGCGGGUCACGGUUUCACAGAGAAGAGGACAGAAGUUACUGCCUGAUGGUCAUCGGUGUGCCAAAUGUGGGAAAAUCAUCACUGAUUAAUGCUGUAAGAAGAACGUAUUUGAAAAAAGGCAAAGCUUCAAAAGUAGGAGGUGAACCAGGAAUUACAAAAGCUGUCCUGACAAAAAUUCAGGUUUGUGAGAGACCCAUAAUUCAUUUACUGGACACCCCAGGAGUCCUGCCACCUAGAAUUGAGAACAUAGAGACAGGAAUGAAACUUGCUUUAUGUGGUACCAUUUUGGACCAUUUAGUUGGUGAGGAUGUCAUUGCAGAUUAUCUGCUUUUUUCAUUGAACAGACGGGAAAGAUUUAGUUACGUUGAAAAGUACAAUCUUGAAGAGCCUUGUGAUGAUAUUCAGCAUAUGCUGAAGUGUAUAGCGGUGAAGCUCGGCAAGACCAAGCGUGUGAAGGCCAUCACUGGAGUUGGCAACAUCACUGUCCAGUUACCAGACUACAGUGCAGCAGCCUAUGAUUUCAUCAGAGCAUUUCGCAAAGGAGAACUUGGGAAAGUUAUGCUUGAUUAAUAGUGUUUAAAUAGUUGAUUUGUAAUUAUUGCAAAAAAAAAAGCUUGACCUUACUGUAUGUAAGUCCAAGACUGGACACUGAGCACAUAAAAGAAGCACUUCUUACUCUUAAUGUUUUAAUUAAAAGGUAGUGACCAGGGUGUUUGGUGCAAGUCUUAUUUUUAUUGUGUACUUAUCAGAAAAGGUGCAUUGAUUGUAUUCUUUUUCUUUACUGCAGUUGAAGAUACAAUAAAUUAUUGAUUUUUAUUUAAACAGCAUUUGUAUCUUGUAUUUCAACCCAACAAUCAAAUGGCAGCACAAAACUAUUUAUAACAAUUAGAUUUUCUACUUUCACAAAACUACAUCAUCUGUUUUGAAAUCAAAUAUCAAAUUAAUAUAUUCAUUCUAAUAAAAUAUUUGGCAUGUAAUUGCCUUGAUGUUUAAAAUGAUAAUUUGUUAAAUAUGUCUAACAACAGCUGGCAAAGAGAGUUUAUGUAGUGUUUUAUAUGUAAAAAAAAAUCUUUAAUUUCUUUGUUUUUAAACACUUGUGCACUUAAUACAUACUGCAUUCACAUUGUUUGGGGUUAUCAAAAAUCUCUACUAGAAAUACAAAAUUGUUUAAAUACAUCAAAUUAUUUAUAAACAAUUUAAAAAGAGGACAUUUUUCACACCCGAAGCAAUGGAAGUACAUGUACAGCUAGAAAUACUGUUUUCUUGUUCUAAAUGUGUUACAGCAUACCUCUUAACUCUACGUACAAUUAUUAGUUAAAUGUGAACAUAAAUAUUAUUAAACAGACAAAGGUUCAUAUAAAAAGGUUCACGUAAAUCUCAAGAACAGUGGAGUUUCACCAACAGUGCAGCAGCACAACAAUAACACAGCAUUUUUGCCAUCCAGUACAUGAUGUAGCCAGCAUAAUUUAAGAAGUCUAUAGUUGUAUAGAUACUAAUGCUUCUGUUGAAGCAAACUAACCUUUCAGAUCCUAUAUGUCUACUAAACUAAACAGAGAGGUUUUAAAUCUUACUUUCGCCUUGAUAUCUGCUUUGUUGUGCAAUAAAGUACACAUUAUUAAACAUCGGUGUUGCACAGUAACAUACAUAAGCAGCUUAUUAAGCUGUGCCAAACUGUC